AUGGAUUCAAGCAAGAUUGAAGUAGCCCAUGAUUUCUUCCCAUACAUUAGAAUAUACAAAGACGGGCGCGUAGAGAAGUGUGUAAUCCCUGAUUUUGUUCCCCCAUCCCUCGAUUCUCACUCUGGUGUUUCGUCCAAAGACGUCGUUAUCACACCGAAAGGCGUCUCUGCACGGAUUUUCCUCCCAAACAUAAAAAUCACCGAUCACCCACAUCGGAAACUUCCCGUCCUCGUUUACUUCCACGCCUUCUCUACCAUCUACCAUCGUUAUGUCAGUUCGCUAGUCGCCGAGGCCGACGUCGUCGCCGUGUCUGUGGAGUACCGACUAGCCCCUGAACACCCUCUUCCUACAGCCUACGAUGACUGUUUUACAGCCUUCAAAUGGGUUGCCUCCCAUUCCAAAGGGGACGGCCCUGAGGCCUGGUUAAACGACCACGGGGACUUGGAUCGAGUGUUCUUGGCAGGGGACAGUGCAGGUGCCAAUCUUGCACACUCUGUCGCUGUAAGGAUAGGCGGCGAGUUCGGGGUCGAUGGUGUCAAGAAGAUCUCGGGGUUAGCGCUGAUCCAUCCAUACUUCGAGGGGAAGGAGCCGCUUGGUCCUGAGGCAAGCGACGAGGAGAAGAUGGCCAAGGUAGGCAAGCUGUGGCUUUACUUGUGUCCGUCAACGAUUGGAUGCAACGACCCACGGAUAAACCCAGCAGCAGAUCCAAGAGUGUCGAGUCUGGCAUGCAACCGCGUCGGUGUUUGGGUGUCAGAGAAAGAUUAUCUAAGAGAACCGGGUGGUCUGUUUUAUUACGAAACGCUGAGGAAGAGUGGAUGGGGAGGAGUGGCAGAGCUCAUAGAAGAAGAAGGGGAGGACCAUGAUUUCCAUCUGUUCACGCCUGACAGCGAGAAGGCCGUGGCCAUGUUAAAGGGAGUGGCUUCUUUUCUGAACCAGUAA